UCAUCGAAAUACACAGUUCAACGACGAGACGAACGUACACGUUUCAUGCCUAAUAAAUCCUGAGUUGCGAAAUUCGCGAUCUCGUGUUUUAUAUGCAUAUUAUAUAUUUAUAAAAUAAGGAUAUAUAUACAUUAAACAGAGUAAAUAUUAAAGAUUAUAUAUAAAAAAUUAUAUGUAUACAAAUGUUAAAGAAGAUAGUUAUUGGAAAGAUAAAGUUUAAAGACUUGAAGGCCUGCGUCAAGAAUAGUGAAAGAAAUUGGAUAACGAUCUUCGAUAUAAUUAACAUAUCAAUCAAUCAUAACUAAAGUCAACAAACAAACCAAUCUACAAUAAUACUUUACACACAAAUGUCGGCAACAACAAUAACCACUUCGUAAAUCACACAGUACACGACGAAACACCCCAUUCAUGAGGUUAGUCAUCAAGUUCUCUAUAAGAAAAAAAGCUUCAGGCAAAUCGAUUAACUGAAACGACAAAUUAAUCCAUGCUCAUUGCUUGUGCACCCUCGCUGUCGUAGUUACGUCAUUAGUGCAACGCAAGUUCAAUUAAAUAAAGCCAAACUCGAAGACUUGAUAUUAAGAAAAUAAACGCAAAUUGUAUCCUAGUUGUAUCGAUGAUCUGCUUCUGCCAAGUUCGAGAUAUAUUGUAAGCUGCAGUGCAACUUAUUCAACGGCCUUAGACGGUCGUCCGUUGUAGGUAGCAAAAUAAAUUAUAUAAAUAAAAGAUCGCUUCUCACGUGUCGCACCCGACGUGUACGCAAUUGAUAAACACGCGGCGGCCGUUAUUUAGCUGAUCUGAAAACUGAAUGUCAAUAAAUUAGUCGCUUGUAGCGACGUUAAAACGAAACGCAAAGUAGUCUAGAUAGUCGAGAACAAAAGCACACAUAUACUAGAGUGCAUACACGUUCAUCCAAACAUAACAAAACAAAACCACAAUGGCAUCCUCGACAUCGAAGAAACGAGUGCUGGUCGGCUGUACCGGAAGCGUCGCGACGAUCAAGUUGCCCCAGUUGGUGCAAAAGCUCUGGCAACGGAACGUCGAGGUACGCGUGGUUGUCACCGAGAGAGCCAAGCACUUCUUGAAGGAAGUCGAACUACCACCUGGUUGUCAAGUUCUAUCGGACACCGUAGAGUGGGCAGCUUGGCAGGAUCGAGGCGAUCCAGUGCUUCACAUCGAUUUGGCUAAAUGGGCCGAUAUAUUUGUAAUCGCUCCUAUGGAUGCCAACACGCUGGGUAAAAUGGCAAGCGGAAUCUGCGACAAUAUAUUAACGUGCGUGGCACGCGCCUGGGAUACACAAAAACCGCUGAUCUUUUGCCCGGCCAUGAAUACGAGGAUGUGGGAACACCCUGUCACUGCUCCGCAAGUGGCACUGCUAAAAUCUUGGGGAUACAAGGAGGUGCCGUGCAUCUCUAAGACCCUCAUGUGCGGUGACACGGGUAUCGGUGCCAUGGCCGAGGUUGAUACUAUCGUUCAGAUGACGCUAGGUUUACUCAACCCUUGGGACUCGUAUUCGCCGUCGGAUACGCACUUACUACAUCAUCGUCGUCAUCAUCAUCGUUAGAGAAACAAAUAUUA